AUGAGCCUUCCAACUCUCCCUAAAGACCUCAGUUUCGAAAACCAAUCCGUCCUAAUAACGGGAAGCAACACAGGGAUUGGCCUCGAACUCGCCAGGGUCUUCCUCCGUCGCAAAGCCAAGACCGUCUACCUCGUUGUUCGUUCGCUCGAGCGGGGGAACAAUGCAGCUGCCCUACUGCAGCAGGAUGCGAUAAUUUCUAAAGAAAAUCCCACGGCAGAAAUUAAGGUUUACCAAUGCGAUCAGAGCUCCUUUGAAUCAACCCUCUCCUUUGCCAAAAAGUUCAAGGAAGAAGUAAAGUCGUUGAAUAUCGCUAUCCUAAAUGCGGGUGUUAACAAUAUGAGCUUCGUGCCCACGGUUGAUGGGUGGGAAUCGAAUUUCCAGAUCAACUACUUCGGCGCAGCCUUUGUUGCGCUAGAGCUUCUCCCAUUGCUUAAAGAAGGAAAAAAGAAUGGAGUCAGGUCAAAUUUGUUCUUUAUGUCCUCGUUGAUGCACAGCAAAGCCAGUGUAUCCACAACGGCCAUGCUGGCCGAAGAUGUCAAUGUGCUGGAGUAUCUUGCUGCUAAGGAGAAUCGCCCCUGGGACCCUAGUCAGCCUUACUCGAUUUCCAAGUUUCUAUUGACGACAUUCGCAGAGGAACUCGCAAGGCGUGAAACGGACGUCGUAAGCACCAGUGGCUGCCCUGGUAUCGUCUUGACGGAACUGGAUAGAAACCUCCCUUUCUGGCUUAAGGGCCCAGUCGUGUUGAUGAAAAAGUUGAUUGGCAGAGAGGUUUUCAAUUCUGCAGAGACGCUGACGCCAGCGAUUAUUACCGACAAGACGGGGACAUAUUGGGCGGAUGGUGUCGUUAAACCACACGCCUCCCUUCUGGACACCGAAAAUGGUAAAAAGCUUCAACGGAAACUGUAUGAGCAAACAUUGCAAAAGUGCAAAGAGCUGGAUCCUGAUAUCUCCCUACUCGCAUAA